CCACCAUUAAGAUCUGCCUUUAAACGUUCACUUCUUUUUACUUCUCAUUUUCCUGUCUUCCUGCAUGGAGCGCCUCACCAGACAGUAUGCCUCGAACAAACUCUAUGUUGCACCCGCACAGACGCUCGAGCCAGAGAUAUACGACCGCCCAUGUACUCCGGAGCCCUUUCGACCUACUCUCAAAAGAACAGACUCCACAGAAACUCUCCGCGUAGGACGUUCACAUCGACAACAGUCGCGAAGUGGUGUAACAUCAAAAGGCCGUGGGAAUGAAGCUGCUCAGUAUAAGUUUCCAAAGAAGAGGUCCUCUUCCACAGAGACUGUUCGCCCUCGAAAAGGGCUAAAGAAGGAGCUUGAAGCAAACAAACUCAUGCUGGAAGAUGGAGAUGAUAUCAUCGUUUAUCCUGGUAUCGACGACGACAUACCUACUAUCCCCGACGAAGACAAUCGUCCAAUCCCCAUUGCUCUACGUAGACCCUUCUUGGUGUCCGGCCCACCACCACCACCAACCAACGUUACGAACUUUUUCGGACAGAAACUACCGUUUUCUCAUCGUGACAAUCUUUGUUCCAUGACAAGUAAUCGCCUUGUUCCCCAACGGUUCAAUCUUCCCCAGAAGCUUCUCGUGAACGACGUUUGCGCGGACGACGACACAGCCAAAGCCAAAGAAAACGAUUCCUGCCGUUCCAGGCCCGCCAUCCGUCCGACGGUCUGGGAUAUGAAUGCCUCACUGACGUUUUACGAGAAGAGCAGACAGUUCUUUGAUGUUUGGGAUAUGGAUGACAGUCAAGUGAUCGCGAUACCGGCUCGAAUGCACUUUCUCCUCAAGGAUCCAGAGCGGUGGGCGGAUGUUCCGAUGGAAAACACCCCAGACAUUCGGUACAUCGACUUUCGAUGUCAGUCCUUCGAUUAUGAACCGCCAUUAUCUUCAAGAACCACCCCGGAUCCUGAACCCAGAUACAUGCAAUCAGAUUUUCACGUCGACUACCGAGGGCCGGUUGGGUGGGGCAAGUCCGAUGGCUCCCUAGGCAUCUGUGCGUUUCCCGUAUGGAGAAUGACUGCCGAGGCAAAUUGGUUUAUGAAGAAACGGCGGUGCAAAGUACAGCGUUUAUCUUUGAAGAAGAAAUACGAAUUCGAGUUUUCGGACGGAGAGGAAGAGGACUGGGACGACGCAAAAGAGCUGAUGCGCGAUGGGUGGUACCUCAAAUUCAUGAUACCUAUACCCAUCUCGCUGUUCAAGGUCAAGGAGACUAGAGCUUUCAGGGUAGAAGCGGCUGCCUGGAUUGGGGCAGAGGAAAGCGGCGGUGUGUUAAUGGCUGAUACCGAUUUUAUGGUGUCGCAUUUGCGGCUCAAGGAGAUAGCAAAGAGAUAACUUAGUGAUAUCUACAGUACUAGCAUCCCUACUCUUUAAUGAAUAUGUAAUUCGCAACCGGCGGUGACACUGG